AUGGGGAUGGUGGAGAAACUGGUGCGCAUAGAACACAAUGAGGAUGGCUUCCCCAAGGUCUUUGUUGUUGAUUCAGUAGUUGAGGAAUUGAGUCUCCCAUGGAAGGAUGCGUUAGUCGUGAAGCUGAUUGGGAACAACCUGGGGUAUAACAUGAUGAAAUCACGGCUUCGUGCGUUGUGGAAGCCAGCAAGAGGUUUCGAUAUCAUCGUUAUCGACCAUGGUUUCUACAUGGUGAAGUUUGACAGAGAAGAGGAUCGAGACAAGGUGCUACAUGGCGGACCGUGGAUGAUCUUCGAUCAUUGUGUUGUUGUUGCCCUCUGGAGCCCUAACUUUGUCUCGGCGACAGCAUCCUCAGUGAAGACACUUGUAUGGCUGCGCUUCCCAAGUUUGAACCCGACAUACUACGAGGAGAGCUUCCUUAGGGCAAUUGCGGGGGCGUUUGGGAAACCUGUCAAGGUGGAUGUAACACCAUGCAGCUGCAUCGGGGACGGUAUGCACGGGUCUGCAUUGAGCUGGACGUUUGCAAACGUGCCAUCACGAAGAUUUGGUUCCGGAUCAAUGGAUAACCGUGGUUUACGAGGGCGCCAUAUGAUUUGUGAUAAGUGUGGUUGUUUUGGCCACCUUGGCAGGAAUUGUGAGAGGAACAUGGGCACUCCGAUAGAGGGUGAUGCACUUGAAGCCAGGGACCCCGUGAAGCAAGGUGCUGCAGCGUAUGGCAAAGGAAAGGCGGUGGUCGUCGCCGACAACGCUACGCCGGCGGCGGAGGAAGAUUGGAUUCCCGUAAAGGGAAAUAAUUCAAAAUCAAAAAAACUGUUACAAGGCAUAUAA